UCGGGACCGGCGCGCGCCGAGUAGGGCGGGAGGCGGAGGAGCGGAGACAGCGAGCUAGGAAGGAGGAGGAAGAGGCGAGGAGGAGGAGGCGGCGGCGGCGGCGGCGCGCAGGGAGGAGAGGAGGCGCUCCGGUCGCCGCCAGUGGGCAGCGGAGAUCGCGGCGUGGCCCCGGCGGGAGACAGCGGGCUGCGCUCGGCGGGACCAUGGGGACCCGCGCGCUGACGAUGCCGGGGUGAGAGCGCAGCCGGCCAGCGCCUCACCGCCGUCAUCCUCCUGCCUCAGCCUCGCCACCGGCCAGCACCAGCCUCCGCCUCUCUCUCUCUCUCUCUCUCUCUCUCUCUCUCUCUCUCUCUCUCUGCAUUAUUGUUUCCCACUCUACAGAAGAUGGGGUCGGCUGGAGAUUAGGUCGGCAGCAAGUCAGAUUCUCCUGCAAAGCCUGGAGCCCUCACGGUGGAGACGGCCAGGGCUGUGCGUUCCCAAAAUAUGACCAGCGGUGCCUGGAUGUGUCGGCAGUAUGACGACGGCUUAAAAAUCUGGUUGGCGGCACCCCGGGAGAACGAGAAACCGUUCAUCGAUUCCGAGAGGGCUCAGAAAUGGCGACUGUCUCUGGCAUCUCUCCUGUUUUUCACAGUCCUGCUCUCUGAUCACUUGUGGUUCUGCGCCGAGGCCAAACUGACCCGCACCCGGGAUAAGGAGCAUCACCACCACCAGCAGCAGCGCCAGCAACAGCAGCAACAGCAGCAGCAGCAGCAGCGCCAGCAGCAGCAGCAGCAGCGCCCGCAGCAGCGCCCGCGGCAGCAGGAGCCCUCCUGGCCUGCGCUCCUGGCCGGCAUGGGGGAGUCCGCGCCAGGCGCCCCGGCGCCCCGACUCCUGUCCGCCUCCGCGUCCCCAACCCUGCCCCCUUCCUCGGGCGGCGGCGGCGGCGGCAAGCGCCGAGCAGGCAGGAGCCCCCGGAGUAAGCCUCUUUUUCUAGGAAACUCUGCCAAGCCCGUGUGGCGCCUGGAGACUUGCUACCCGCAGGGCGCGUCCUCCGGCCAGUGCUUCACGGUGGACAGCGCGGACGCCGUGUGCGCCAGGAACUGGAGUCGAGGGGCGGCGGCCGGGGGGGAGGAGGAGCAGCGGCGGGCGGGGGGCCAGCGAGCGGCUCCGCUCUGGAACUUGUCGGAUUUUUACCUUUCGUUUUGUAAUUCCUACACACUUUGGGAGUUGUUCUCGGGGCUGUCCAGUCCCAGCACUUUGAACUGCAGUCUGGAUGUGGUGCUCACGGACGGCGGGGAGACGACCACAUGCAGGCAGUGCGUCGAAGCUUACCAAGACUACGACCACCACGCUCAGGAGAAGUACGAAGAGUUCGAGAGCGUGCUCCAUAAGUACUUGCAGUCCAAGGAGUACUCGGUGAAGUCCUGUCCCGAAGACUGUAAGAUUGUCUACAAAGCCUGGCUCUGCUCCCAGUAUUUUGAAGUCACACAGUUUAACUGCAGAAAGACAAUUCCUUGCAAGCAAUACUGUUUGGAGGUGCAGACGAGGUGUCCGUUCAUACUGCCCGACAACGACGAGGUUAUCUACGGAGGCCUCUCCAGCUUCAUCUGCACAGGGCUCUAUGAAACCUUCCUAACCAAUGAUGAACCAGAAUGCUGUGACAUCAGGAGAGAAGAGCAAUCCACCCACCCACCCAAAGGGACAGUAGAGAAAAGUGACCACUGUCACAGGACGUCGUUCACAGCGUCGUCCGCCCCGAGACUGUGCGGUGGCAGACUCAAGCUGUGUGUCCUUGUACUGAUUCUGCUGCACACAGUGCUCACGGCCUCGGCAGCGCAGAACACAGACUGCCUGAGCGUGGGUGGCAUCGCCACGCUGGAUGACACCUCCACCAACGAAGAGUGACCCAGAGCCCCAGCCGGCCCCUGCCGACGGAGAUCCACAACUGCUGUCCCGUGGAACAGAAGCUGGGUGCUUUUACCCUCCAGUUAUUUCUCGCAAGGUCUUUAGGAUAAAAUUUCAAAAUGAUGGGCCCAAGUCCAAAGGAGGACACACUCAUGCCACAGCUCUCUGGGGACCAGAAGGCUGCUGGCUGACGCUAGAUUUCUCACAGCAUUUUAUACACUGUGUUUUAAUGUCUGGGAGUUUGCUUUGCUUUCAUUCAGGUCUGGGUUUCUUGUUGGUUUCCUUUCUCUCUGCACUUGUUGACACAAGAUUUAUUUGGCGGGGGUGGGGGUACUUUCUCCGAGGUAAACCAGGUCUCUCACUGUCUCCAUCCCUCUCUUUCUAGUCAUGGUGUGUUCAUCUCAUAGUUCUGUCUGUCCGUCCUGUCAGUUUCUAUUAAAGAAUAUUACUGCUAUGUCCUCCUGGCAUAGCAAAAAAACAACAACAACAGAAAAAAAAAAAGAAUAAAAAGUAAAAAAGACAAAAAAAAAGAAAAGAACAAAAAAUAAAAAUAAAGAACUCCCCCAGGCUCCCCCUAGACCUCACACCCACCCUGGCCCAUCCUUCCCUGGUCUCCUUCUUGCCCCUAAACAGACAUCCGCUUGCUUGAGUCCGUGUAGCCACGGUGACACAUGUGCACGCCACCUGGAUGGAGCCAGGGGGACUGGCAGGGGCACCCUCAGCUGAGCAGCCCCAUGCCCCAGGGGAAUGGAACCAGGCCACUCACUCAUAUCCGUGAGUGUAGGACACCAAGGAAGCAGGAGCUGUUUUCAAAAGCUGUCGUGCACUGAGCUGCUCCAGCCUCCAUGUCCACAGGGCCCAGGCCUUUCCUGCAGGCUGGCUGGCCAGGAGCAGCCCCUGCCCCCAGCCUGCAUAGGUGGGAACAGGUGAGUGCCCCCAAGAGGGAGGUGAGGCCGUGCUCCCCCUGAUCUCCACUCUGUGAUCUCCUACAAGCACAUUUUGGCCAUGGUGAUGGGAAUAAAGAGAUGGAGGACACGAAUCCAGACUCCAUUCGCUCUUGUAUCUCGGUGGAAGAGAGUCUAGAACUGCUCAGACAUUCGGCAGUAUAAAAAUAGAUAAAAUGUUAUCCCAGUUUCCCCCAACGUAGGGUUUUAAAUUAUUCCAGGUUUAAAGUGUAUGCAAUUCUGCAUCAUCACAGAGGGAAAUCUUCUUUUUGUAAAAAAAAAAAAAAAAAAAAAAAAAAAGAAAAAGGAAAAAAAAAAACAGAAACAAACACUAGAUCAGCCAUUUUUAUUACUGCGCAAAAACUCUACCACUAACGCUUUAGGGAGUCGGGGAAAAGAGAGGUCUGAUCGCUGUUUAUAUUUUCUUUUCCUUGUGAGAACAUUUCACCUGCUGAGUGUAUAUGAGUUUGCUUUCUAUAUAAAGGCUUUUAUGAGUUUACAGUAGAAUCUGUGGAAGGAAGAGUUAACAAGGGCUGUUUUUAAAAAACAAACAAACAAAACAAAUAAUUAAAAAAAACAUUUUACAUUCCUUCCUGUUCUCUAUCGAUACCGGGAAGCGCACUUGGGAACAGUCGGCUGUGUGGCUGAGGGAUCAGGGAAAUCCAUGGAAAAGGUCCUCUUAGUGAAAAAAUUCAUUUACUAACUUUAUAGCUAUGAAAUUCCCACAGGCAUUUGUUUUGGUUCAAACAGACUUUACCCCUUGCAUCAAACGGAACCCUGCGACAUGCGUACAGUAUGCAUAUUUUGUUUUGAAUAAAAAAAAAUGUUUUGUUCCAGUCUGUUAAGAAUAUUCAAAAAAUAAUAAAGGUAUUGCUUAAUAAAAA